AUGUCUUCACACGUUCGAGAAAGCCCGCCUCUACUCCCACACGAAAUUUGGCGACACAUCUUCGAGUUGGCAACACACGUCCCUGGGGUUCUAGAUCCAGUUUUCGACGAUCCAUUUGAAUCAGGAGCGCCUUUCAAUCUUGGUAUCGGCUGGCGGUAUAAAGAGCAGGAGCACCACAGCAUCCUCAAGUCCAUCAACACAAAAAGCAUCUUCGUUCGCGUUUGCAGACGGUGGCACGCUCUUGCUUUACCGCUUCUAUACCAGGUCGCCGUCAUCCCGUUUUCAAUGUCGAGCAGAGACAAGGUCUCGCAGACGUGCCCAUACCAGGAUCCUAUGUUCGCCGUCUGGAUAUGA